AUGGAUCAUACCUGCCACACGGAUUUGAAUCGCACUGCCCCGAGACAGAUUCCGGCGAGGGUUGUUGGAAGAUAUUUUGCACGGAAAUUGGUAGGCGAGGGGGUCGUUUUGAAGCCGAAGGAGAUGAUGUCAGAGAUGCAGCGCUUAUUCGGUAUUGAGAUCAAUUACAGCUUCGCUCUCCGUGCAAGAAACAUCGCGAUUGAGAUGACGUAUGGUGAUUUUGGGAACUCGUAUCAGAUGCUCCCAUCGUAUUUGUAUAUGCUGAGAAUGAGUAAUCCCGGCACAUUAUACGACCUUGAGAUGAAGGAUGAUGGCAAGUUCCAUCAUAUGUUUGUUGCACUUGGACAGAGCGUGGCUGCCUUUGAGAAGGGUUACUUGAGGCCAGUCAUCGUCGUAGACGGGACCCAUCUGAAGGGAAGGAACGGCGGUAUUUUGUUCGUCGCUGUUACAAAGGAUGGGAACGAAGCAAUAUUUCCUCUCGCAGUUGGGCUUGGUCCUAUCGAGAACGACGAGUCUUGGACUUGGUUCUUCCACCGACUACGGACUUGCUUUGGUCAGCCGGAUGAUCUCUUGAUUGUGUCUGAUCAGCACAAGAGCAUCAGAAAUGCUGUGGAGUGUGUCUACCCGAACGUCCCUCACGGGUUGUGCUAUUACCAUAUCCAGAAGAAUCUCGCGUAUUAUGGGCAGCAUACGACUUUCAAAGGAAUUUUUCUGCGCUUCAAGUACUGA